CACGUUUCAGUUUGUUUAGUAAAUCGAUCCGAUGCCUCCGGGGCCCCGGCUCUCUCGGCCCGGCCGCCAUUGAGCCCUGGGGCCGCCUUCCUCGGGGCAGAAAGAGAGGGGAAAGGGCUGUGGCCCGGGACGGAGAAGGGAGGGAAGGAAGGAAGGAGGGAAGGAAGGGAGCCGGCCCAAGAGCGGCGGCUGGCACCCCGGCGGCAGGUUCAACUGAUCUCCCUUCUUAUCACGCAGUGGGGCUUUCCAGUAUCAAGAAACCUGGGUGGAGACUUCUCAGAACAGUGAGCUUAUCGAUAGUUGCUCAGCAGAGCAACCCAAUAUGAAUACUGCAGACAAUGGAGCCAUUGGUCUUUGUGCAAUAUGUGGAGACAGAGCCACUGGCAAGCAUUAUGGUGCCUCCAGUUGUGAUGGAUGUAAAGGGUUCUUCCGACGCAGCAUACGAAAGAAUCAUGUUUACACCUGCAGAUUUAGCCGGCAGUGUAUUGUUGAUAAGGACAAGAGAAAUCAAUGCAGAUACUGUCGUUUAAAAAAGUGUUUCCGUGCUGGGAUGAAGAAAGAAGCUGUUCAAAAUGAACGAGACAGAAUAAGUACAAGGAGAAGCACUUCUGAAGGCAGCAACAGUCCUUCUAUUAACACACUGGCCCAGGCUGAAGUGCUUUCUCGCCAGAUCUCUGUUUCAAGUCCCAGUGCUGGUCCUACUGACAUAAAUGUUAAGAAAAUUGCUGGCAUUAGUGACAUCUGUGAAUCUAUGAAGCAACAGCUCUUAGUUCUUGUGGAGUGGGCAAAAUAUAUUCCAGCCUUCUGUGACCUACGGCUAGAUGAUCAGGUUGCCCUGUUAAGAGCACAUGCUGGAGAACACCUGCUGCUUGGAGCAGCAAAACGCUCAAUGGUUUACAAAGACAUCAUUCUUUUAGGUAACGAUUUUAUAAUUCAUCGCAACAGUUCUGAAAUUGAGAUCAGUCGAGUAGCAAACCGAAUUCUUGAUGAAAUAAUACAUCCAUUUCAAGAAAUUCAAAUUGAUGAUAAUGAAUACGCCUGCCUAAAAGCUAUCAUUUUCUUUGAUCCAGAUGCAAAAGGACUAAGUAAUUCAAUGAAGAUCAGGAACAUGAGGUUUCAAGUUCAGAUUAGUUUGGAGGAUUAUAUCAACGAUCGCCAGUAUGACUCCAGGGGACGCUUCGGAGAACUCCUCUUGUUGCUGCCUACUCUGCAGAGUAUUACCUGGCAAAUGGUUGAGCAAAUACAAUUUGUUAAACUCUUUGGAAUGGUUAAAAUUGACAGCUUGCUUCAGGAGAUGUUAUUAGGAGGUGUUUCUAAUGAUGCUUCCAAUCUCCAUCCAACACAUCCUCAUCUAGCACAAGAUCCACUCACUGGAGAAACUUUGCUUAUAAGUCCAGUGACUGUUCCUGUACAUUCGGAACAGAUCUCAACUCCUGAAACUCCACUUCCUUCUCCUCCACAAGGCUCUGGUCAAGAAUACAAGAUAUCUACAAACCAAGUUACGGUUAUUUCCCAGCCAUCUCUUCCGAAACAAAAGCCAUUAUGAUACUGAUCAAUAUUUUUGUAGUACUAUCACUAUGUUAAAGCAUUAUGACACUGGAAAACUCAGGAUGCAGAACGUCGACCCAUUAUUAAACAAGACAAGCACUGUUCUCUUUGGAGAAGUUUUUUUUUAAAAAAAAAUCUAUGUGGAGCAUGAGAGAGAUAAUUUUUGCUGACAUUUUUUUAAAAACCCUGAAUUCAAACAGAAUUUUUGGUUUCUAAGAGAUAAAUGGAUUAAAACUGUUCCAUAUUUGCAUUGCCUUUGAAUCAUAAUUGAGGAGGUUUAAUUUAUUGUCUCUGUAUACCAUUUGUCAUCUUAAGAAAUCUUAAGUAAUAUUCCUUUGCUGAAUGCAAAGUCUGAUUUUAAUGAAAUUGAAAUAUGAAAUGUAGAAAUAAUGAAACAGCAAAGUGAGUGGUUUUAACAGUUAAUCAAGGUAGGCGUCUCAUUUUCUUGAGUAUACAGUACAGGUUGAAAGCCAAAAUGCUUCCUGAAAGCAUCUAUAAAUGAUAUGUAUGCGCGUGCAUAUGUGAUGAAACGCUGCACAUGUUUAAUCAGAAAUAAGGCCCACUGAACUGAAUGGAGCCCACAACCAAGGAAGUAUACAUAAGACUGCAAGUUGUGUAAAAGAAGUCACACUCAUUUCAGUGCAAUUUAUUUUUAAGUCAGUGAAUUUGCUGUGAGACUAGUUUCAAAAAUACAUGUAUGUCUGUACGCUUAAAUAGCAAAAUAUUUUAUGAUUUUAAUGUACGGUUAUUUUCUUGUUAGAUGCCUUGUUUUAAUGAGAAAAUUAUUUAAACUUUGAAUAAUUUAAUACAACAAUAAUAUAAGAAUGCUACCAAAACCAAGAAACCCUGCUACCCCAAUGACUGCUGGUCAGUACCAUGCUAGUGGAUUAUGAAUUUGUUCUGGCUUUUCAACUGAAUUUUAAAGGAAUGUUCCACAUUCCCAAAUUCUCUACAUUCCUAAACAAAAUAUGUGUAAUAUCAUGAAUAGAUUCAUUAAACUCUGUACUAAAAUCCAGAAUCUGUCAGUGAAUUCAACACCAUUAGCUGCUCUCCUCCCUGCAUUUCCUUAGGCCUGCACUGAGAAAAUUAGACAUUUGAAGAUUUCUUUAAAAAAAAACCCGGUUUCUUUUCUGAUAGUUUUUCUUUUUGAAUGAGUAUUUUAUAUUUUUUUUAAUGAAGAUGUUGCAUUGUAAAUACAUUGCAGUACUUCUCUUGCAUCCAACACUAUAUUUUAGCAAUGCUCAUGAUGGAGCAUUGGUGCCAGCAUUAUUUAGGCAUUCGUAUUGUGGAUAUAAUGAUCAUGAAAACAUGGAGAGUACAAGUGAGCAUUCUAGCUCUGUCCAUCCUCAGUCCUGGUCUCUGUUGCCCUCCAUAUGUUGAGGUUGAAUGUAUGUAGUCUGUUCAUGCAAGGACCCAGUGCAGUUUGGGACCAUGAAAGUCCAUGUUGUGUUCCUGCUGCUGCAUGUCCAUCACAGGGGGUCUUGGAAACUAUGACAGGGAAACUGUCAUUGCCUUCUUCUGAAGGUGAGAGGUUAUAAUUUGACCAAGGACAUACCUAGCCAAGUAGGGAUUCACACCAUGAUUACCCAGAUUCUUUGUCCAAAACUCCAACCACUUCACUAGCUCAAUUAUUUAAUCAAUAAAAUUCCAAACUAGAUAGCUCUUUUAUCUGUUCUAACACAGUUCUUCAUAUUUUUGUGUUAAUUUCAAGAUAUAUUUAAAGCAAGCUUAGGUUUUUUUUUUAAUUCAAUGAACAAGCAAAACCUAUUUCCAUCCUAUCACCACAAUUUUCCCCUUGGAAAAAUAAAAUGAGGGAAAAACCUUCUUUUCUAUCCAUAAGUGUUACAUUGAUUACUCAUUGUUAUACUGUGUGGUAUACAAUUCUUUCACAUGUAAUGUCAGAGCUCCUGGAUCUCAUGGAAAUGACUCUGUGGCAUGGGAAGUAUCUACAGCAAUGUUGUCCUAUUAUGGAAAUGAGCUGUGGCUAGAUUUCACCCUCUGAGCAGCAACUCUGAUGUAAUUUAAAUGCCGGGGGGGGGGGGGGGUUUAAAAGGAGCACCACUAACAGCUAUGGAUGUGUUAAAACCUAUCAUAAGCCAAGUUGCUCCACCAAGAGAUCCAUGUACAAGCAUUAUAUGAUACAACUUAUCCAUUUUUAUUCUCCAUCGUCUGACCAUCAGCUAUGAGCCAUCUGGAAACUAGUGAACAGUAUUUGGGAUGCUAUGUACUGAAUUAGGCAAAUGCCCCUUUAAGAUCACCACUUUUGUGAAUGGGAAGGACACAAGUGUUGAUUGGGCUAAUUCCAGGCCUUUGCGGACCAAGUUAUUCAUAUGGCGCAUUCCCAAGAUUCUGCUACAUGGGUUUUCUUUUAUUUGUUGCUUCAACUCCAGGACAUUACAGGGUUGUAGUAAUGGAGAAAGAAAAGAACUGACCUGUAGAUGUUUAAAGCCUGGUUUUGUUUAACUUAUGGUGUUACACGAGCAGUGCAGCAAGAAUCUGGAAGAACAGAGGGACUGGCGCUUACUGUAGCACAUUCUUUAUUUACAAGAGAAUGAGUUUGUAAACUGCCAAAAUGUUCAGAUAUCAGAACUUUUUUUUUUGUCGUGUCAGGAGCGACUUGAGAAACUGCAAGUCGAACUGAAACUGUUGUCUUUUUGUUUGAACUCUUAAUAUUGUUGCCUGUUUUAUAAAUUACUAUUCUUUGUUAAAUAAUACAUAUAUUGUAAUUUAUUAAAAUUUGAUUUAUUUUCUAAGUGUAAAAAAUAUUUUUGUAAACCUAAAUGUACCAAAUCAAAAUGACUAGCUUUGUUAAAACAGCAUACUGUGCUGAGCUUUCUGAACUAUGAUGUAAUGUGAAUGUAAGCUUGAGUAGCCAUGAAAUGGUUGCUGCAAAUGUUUUCAGAUUGACUGUUUUUCAUCAAUCCUCAAUAAACAGAUA